UCAGAAGGAACACCAGAAACGUAACAGCAAGCACAGAUUUGGUGCAAAGAUCGGAGGCCCGCAGUCAGUAUUAUUGCAGGUCCCAAUCUUACCUGAAUGAGCGAUCUCCAGGUUAAGGAAUUCCAACAGCUAAUUCCAGCGGGUACUUCCAAGAGCUAUGUCCAGAAGGGGGAUCCCGACAGCAAUUUCGAAAAGUACUGACGUAGGCCUGUUCUGAACUAGAGAAUCAACGGCAACCAACCACGACCAGCAGACCUAAGGAUCUACGACCUCUGAAAACCACCGACCCGACCGACACCGCAAGGCCUCAGCCACAUUCUAAAGUGAAAACUGACCCGCAAAGUAGAAAGUAAGGAAAACCAAGUACUCACCCAGUAGAUCCAAAACACAUCCUGUCACAUCAGCAGACUCAACCCAGGCUGAAGGCCUACUCAGUCUUCAAAACCGUGUUUUUCCCCCGGCCUACAAAUACACACACUACAAGCUAAGAGUGAGUGAGUGUCCUGGCGGUCAAGAUGGCAGGAAGUUGGAUCCCUAUCCAGGACCCAGAGGCAAGAAGUCAGUAUUGCAACCGUCACAUUUCUACCGGAGAAAUAUAAGAACAGAACAAAGAGGCUAGCUUUACAUCACUGGCAGCAUUGAUGAAGGUUUUAAGUAACUCUGGUUUGUCUAAAACACUAACUGUGAGUAAUAUGGAAGCAGCCAGUGAGGCUGUGAAGAGAGUAGAGCAAGAAUCAGUUGAGAUGGCACAUGAUCAGAACUAUGGAGUGGUAUUGUCAAAGAGUGAAGACUUGUCAAAUUCCCUGAUUGGUAAAGAAUGUCCCUUUGCUAUGGAAAUAAACCAAUUCCACAUACCAGUGAAACAGCAAGCAAAAUAUGAUACGUCAACUCUCAAGACAGGAAGAAAGCCUUCAAAACCAUCAGAGAAACAUCAAUGUCAAAUUCAGUCCCAAAUUGAAUUUGAAGCUGGCUUGAAGCACAAUAAGAAAAUCAAAAUUAAAAUCCCUUGGUCUUCCCGCAAAAACGCAACUCAAAGUGCAUCCAUGUCUUCAUACAAUGAAGGUCUCUUCGAUAGGCAUCUUAAAGCUAUCUGCAAUCAUAAUGAGAUGAUUGCAAAGCCAAUCCUUAACAUCCUGACUGUUCUGUUCAAGAAAGGACCCUCAUUUGUUGGAAUAUUUCGGAAGUCUGCAAAUGCUAAAGCUUGUAAGGAAUUAAUUGAAAAACUAAAUGCAACAAGCGACGUCACCCUGGAGGAGGAGCCUGUCAUUAAACUGGCUGUUGUUUUCAAGGAAUUCCUACGUCGUAUUCCAGAUAGUUUGUUGAUGACAGCGUUGUAUGACAGCUGGAUGGCAGCCAUGGAAAAGGAGAAUAUUAAUGAAAGAACUCUGCAGCUCAAACAGCUUCUGACAGAGCUUCCAAGCCACAACUCUCUUUUGCUUCGCUAUUUGUUUUGUGUGCUGUAUUAUAUCAACAAACAUUCAGAAGUGAACAAAAUGAAUGCUCAUAAUCUUGCAAUCUGCAUUGGCCCAAAUAUGCUCUGGCCAAACAAACCUGUCACUGCUGAAUUACAGAAAGAAGUUCUUGCAAGGGUUGUGGAUCUGAUGCAGUUUCUGAUUGAGAACUGCUGUCUAAUAUUUGGGGAUGAUAUAACCACACUUCUUGGUGAAUCAGUGCCAGUGCUACCAGAAUGCAGUGAUAAAGCAGACACGUUAUCUUCUCAGCAAAACGACUCUGCUUAUGACAGCACUGACCAGGAUGACUGUAAAGAUGGAUGGAAUGAGAAAAGGCGACGUGCAAACUCAAAUUGUUACCAACUAUGGAAGAGCAAUGGAGAGCUGAGAAUGAACAGAAAGAAGAAUGGUAAAAUUGACAUUGACGCUGGAAACUGCACAAUGACUUCUUGUAGCACUGAAUCAGUAGAUGCCGCUGAUGAAGCAGCCUUGAGAGCCAAGGCCACACACUCACCUGCACUCACAAUUGAAUGUUAUACCGUAAGGAUAAACAGACGCUGCUCAGAACCAAUAUUAGGUAUCAACUCAAACCAAAAAAUGAUCAACCAGCAGGAAUUAUUAGCAAGAAGUCACGAUGAUUGUUCAAUCUCAACUGAUGGCCUGCAUUUUAAUAACCAACAAAUGGAAAAACAGGUAUCUGAGGAACAUUUUACAAAGUAUCAGUUUAGCAACAGGAUUGCAGACAACCUUAAUGCCAGCUCACAUUCUGAGCUUUCCAUUGCAUCUUCCUCAAAGGCCUCUUCCAUUUCCUCAUUGGCUAGUUCAUAUUCAAACCUAUCAGAAAACUCUGUUUUUAUCAGCUCUCCACUCGUUUCCCCGACUUGUUGCAGUGAGGAGAAUUCCUCCUUUUCAGAAUGCCCAGAAAACCUUCAAACAAAUUCUAUUCAGGAUCCUGAUAAUAAUGCAAAACUUAUGAAAGAAAAAGUCAAGAAACUGCUGAAAAAGACUCAAAGCUGGGGUCCUAUAAAGACAUUUAACACAAACCAGGAAUCUUCCAAGGAAAAUAGUUGGAAAGAAAAAGUUCCCACUUGUGAGACAGUCCAUGAGGAUCAAGGCAAUCAGAGCAAUGCUGUUAGGUACAGGGCACGCACAACUUCAAUUGAUGAGGUUUUUCAGCAAGUUGAUAGCAAAAGACUUUGUAGCCCACCUCCAUAUCAUAAAGCUGUUGAAGAAAAUAAUCCACUUCUCCCUGAUGCUACAAGGAAAUUAAUGACUGUGAAAAACAUGAGAAGGUUGUCUCAAUUGGAAGAAGUCAAGAAACUCUAUUGUCCAGUCAUUGCUGGGAAGAAGACUCGGCCUUAUUCUUUGACAGAGGACCUACUCUAUCCUACAUGGCAAAAUCAUUGCACAAACCAUUUUGACUCUUGUGUUAAGCAGGGACAACCUAAACCAACUAAUCAGCGUGAAGAGUCACGCAACAAUUUUGAAAACAAUAUGCACCCUACAGGAUUUGGAAAAGCAAAACAGUACAGGGGGAGAGCCAUGUCUGAUUGCCUAAGAAAAAGCAAGCAUGAACAGUUAUGUAGACAUUUCAGUCAAAACCUUGAGGACUAUGAACAGAUUCAGCACGCUAAAGAAUCUUGUGUGUAAUGUGGGUAAAAGCUGUACUUUCUAUGCUGGGGCUUAGUUAAAGCACUAACACAGUCAAAAAAGCUUUUGGCAUGUUGCAAUGUCCUUAAGUACUGACCUUCAAUUAGUUAAGAUUUAUGGCAUAAAAUGGCAUUAUAAUAUGCCGUUAUUUGGGGUUUUUGAAACUCCCUGGGGCAAUUGUAGCCUAAUUUUCCCAAUAAGAAACUAGGAGAAUCAAGUGAAAUCCUGAUUUUAUACCCUACCCAAAUUGGGGCAGUUUCAACCUAUUCUGUCAUUUGGGAUUCUGAUGACACUUUAGCUUACACUCCGGCUAAGUUUACCCAUUGAAGUCAAUGUAUUAUAUUGGACAAGUUCUAAAAUCAGUGUUCCACUUAAUCUGGUUAACUUCUUAUCCAGUGAGUUGGUGUAAAAUUGUACUCCACUCCUGCCACCCCACCCAUUACUAAUCAUUAGACAAUAUUGAAAUGAAAAUCUAUGUUAUGCAAUUUCAAUAUGAAAUGAUGGAAGGGACUCAAAGUAGUUGCCAUGAGUCAUAUUUAAAGUGAUAUCACUGGUCAUUGUACAUUUUGUAUGACAUCCCUUGUAAAUAUUAUAUAUGAAAAUUAUCAGA